AUGUCAGAGACUCCGACGAUGGCUGCAGCUCAUUCUAGCACUGCUCCUAUUGUCGAGCCUAGUAUCACCAUGUCUUCUAUACCUCGUGAAAAUCUCACGUGUCUCACUACAGUAUUAGCUGAGUUACAGCUCGAUCAAGUGGUUCAGUCCUUUUGGUCUGUUGAUAGCUAUGAACCCGUUCGUUUUCACCUCACACCGUCGUAUUGUGUGGUGAAAUCAGUUCAUACUAAUCAGAAACAGAUGCUUAAGUUUCCAUGGAGUGAUGUACUCGGUGCUCACGUGCUUACAGCUGAUGGAGAACCUGUGAAAACACCAGGGGAUACUAUUGAUCCACAAAAAUCAGCAGAGCACAAGACGUCGUUCCUGUUGGGUUUAUAUGCUUGUGUUUGCUUGAAUCACAGACCCAAGACAUUAAAGAAACGAAAAACCAGUGAAUUCUUUUUUAAAUUUGAUGGAAAACAGCUCCACCAGGUGCUUCAGCUACAGCGGACGAUUAACUUUGUGGCAGAUCCUCGAAACCAAGCAACGGUGCAACAAGUCAAGACAUUGGACGAUCUGGACGUGAUCGAGCAAGCACGACGCAAGUUUUUAGUAUUGGUGAAUCCUGUUAGUGGACCAGGACGUGCAUUGCAGAUAUAUGAAUCAAGGGUCGCACCAGUGUUGCAAUUUGCUAAUGUCGAGACAGAGGUCAAGAUCAUGGAACGUGCAAAUCAUGCAAUGGACAUUGUGAUGGACCUACCAUUGAAUGUUUACGAUUGUGUCGUUGCUGUUGGUGGAGAUGGGAGUUUAUACGAGAUUGUACAGGGACUAAUGAAGCGAGCAGAUUGGAAUUGUGCAAUUCGACAGCCUAUUGGUGUCAUUCCUGGUGGAUCAGGCAAUGGUCUGGCGCACUCAAUUGCUCAUCAAAGUGAUGAAAAAGGCAAACCAGUAAAUGCUGCAUAUAUUCUGGCCAAGGGUGUGCCCCAAGAACUGGAUAUUACCUCUGUGCGCAACGGAAAGGAGACAAAGUACUCGUUUUUGUCGCUCGAGUGGGCAUCUAUCGCUGAUGUUGAUAUUGGAUCCGAGAAACUGCGCAUGCUGGGCGGGCUGCGAUUCACGGUUGCAUUCAUUAACCAACUCUUGUUCCAAAGGCCCGAGUACCCGGGCAAAAUCUGGUAUCUUGAAGAUGAGAACGAGACUCCACCCCGCUACUUUGAAACGCACGACUCCAAGUCCACGGAUCGUCCCAAGAUGGACUUGUUUGAUGGAGAAGGUCAAGGCCCGCCUGAGUCAAAGGACUUGAAAAAUGAAGAGGUGCAAUUGAAUGAAGAAAAGACGGAUAAGAAAGCAGGUCAAGGUGGAAAGUGGAAGGAGCUGAGCGGUCAUUUCCGCAUCGUGUGGGUGAUGAACGUAUCGCAUGCGGCUUCCGACGCCCACGUUGCUCCAAGCGCACAGUUUGAUGAUGGCUACAACUACAUUGUCUUCAUGGAUGGCUCACACCGACGCAAGGACUUGUUAGCUAUGAUGCUUGCGAUUGAGACUGGUGACCACAUGGAAAAGAAAGGCGUGCAGCAGGUGCGCACACGGGCUUUCAAGCUUUUUCCGGAGCGGUCCAAUGACCUCAUGUGCGUUGAUGGUGAGUUGGUGGAAGGCCCAUACCUCGAGGCUCAGGUCCACCGUGGUAUGGCUCGCAUCAUCGCUAUUCCACGCUGA